UUUAGUCACGUGAUACAUGGCUGGCGCUGGGCGGGAAGACAGAAGAACUAUGGCGGCCAGCAGUAACACUCCGGGGGCGGUAGGCGCUAAUUGUAAAACUUCACCAACGCUGGAGGCAACGACCACAACAACAAUCAUGGCGGCACCGAACGAGGGAUUUUCGCUAUACUUAGAGAGAGAGAGAGAGAGCAAGCGCUCGCCUGUCUGUGGCCUUUGAACACACGGAGACAAAUUUGGCAGAACUGUUAAAUCAUAUUUUCGGGAGACUUCGGUCUCGUUUGGAGCAUAUUCUGGAACGCAUGCCUUUGGAUUUGGACUUCUUAGAGUUUACAUGCACACAAGAAUGUGUGCUGUUAAAUGCACUGUCUAGUCAGGCACACAUUUGUCCCAAUAUUUUAGAUGCACUGACAGACCUGCAGUCUCAUAAAUGCUGAAAAACACAGAAGCAAAGAGCACACUACAGUUGUACAGUUCGAACAAGGACCAACAGGGCGACAGCGUAUGGUAGUAUCCUCAGACUGCCUUCGCCACUUGCUUGAACUUAACUUGUCCGUACCAUAUAUAACCAAGCUAUUGGGGGUCUCUAGAAGUACACUGUACAGACGUAUGCGGGAGUGUGAUCUCUCAGUAAGGACACUCUACAGCACCAUGACUGAUGAAGACUUGGACCAGUGUGUGAGGGAGAUCAUAUCCAAGCAGCCUCAUUCAGGAUACCGAAUGAUGAAGGCACUUCUGCAAGCCAGAGGACUGAGGGUGCAGUAUGACCGCGUCAGAGCAUCCAUGCACCGCGUUGACACCAGUGGUGUCAUAGCUCGGACAUUCAAUUUGGGGUGUGUCAAUCGACGUACCUACUCUGUUCCAGGUCCACACUCCCUGAUGCACAUCGAUACAAACCAUAAAUUGAUCCGAUAUAACAUUGUUAUAUUUGGAGGGAUUGAUGGCUUUUCCCGUAAGAUUAUGUACCUGGGUGCAUCCUCCAACAACCUGGCAUCCACUGCCCUGGCCUUCUUCCAAGCAUCAGUUGAGAAGUUUGGUUUUCCACUAAGGGUACGUGGUGAUCAAGGGGUGGAAAACGUGGACAUCGCUCGCCUCAUGUUCACAGUCCGUGGUACUGGGAGGAGCAGCUUUAUAUCUGGGAAAAGUGUUCAUAACCAACAUAUUGAGAGGUUAUGGAGGGACCUGUGGGUUGCUGUAACGAGCAUCUACUACGAUGUUCUCCAUUACCUUGAAGAUGGUGGCUUCCUCAGCAUUGGUAAUGCUACACACCUGUUCUGUUGCCACUAUGUGUUCCUGCCACGCCUACAGGAAGACUUGGACACUUUCCACUGUGGUUGGGACAAUCACCCACUCAGAACAGAAGGCCACAUGACUCCUAACCAGCUGUGGGCACUGGGCUGUUCACACCACCCAAUUCAAAGACCAGAUAGUACAGAAGAUCUGGACUUUCCCCAUAUUGAAUGGGAAGACAGUGGGCUUCCUCAGAACCAGCACUCGGGCAUUGUGGUCCCAGACACAGCGUGCCCUCUGACUUGUGAACAAAUGACAGCCUUAAAGGAGGCAGUUGACCCAAAAGCUGCAUCUCAGUCUUUUGGCUGUGACAUUUAUAUGGCUGCUGUUCAGUUUUGUGAGCAUUUGCUUUCUUUGUGAAUAA